AUGUGGUCCAAGUCCCAACCAGCGUGCAAGCUCCAUGCAGCUGCCCGAAGUCAGCAAGUCUGCCCGAAGGCUGCACGGCGGGCUCAUGAUGGGUUGCUACUUGCUAAGAUUGUUUUUGACGGCAGGUGCACAGAGCUGUCCGACGAUGCAUGGUGCACUACAGGGCUUCCUUCCGUGCCGGUGACGCCUGUUGUGCGGUCUGUGUGCCCAGCGCUCCUUUCGUUGGACUUCAGGCAAACGCUGGAUAUGGAUGCUGAAGGGAGUUGUAGCAGCACGUCUUCAGGGCUCUCAAAGCCUUCGAGGCACUCCACAAGUUCCAUAAGUUCCUGUCCGUGGAGACCCAGGCUUGCAAGCAUCCAUGCUGGUGAGGUGACAAGAGCUGUUUCUCCACUGGCUGCCUUCCAGCGAGAGGAAAAUGCAAGAAGGCCGCACACGAGGUGCCUCGGUCAAAGACAGCCCGGCAACGUGCUGAAAAAUCAGCAUGGGGACUUCAAUUCACAGCCUGGACGCAAACAGCCCAGAUCCAAGUCGCGCUGCAGCGAGCAGCACAAAAGAGUCACGUGA